UUCUCACGAUACGAGUUGCUCAAUCCAGUGACGUGAUAGAUGAUACUCCUCAUAUUUGUUGACAUAGCAUAGUAGUAUUUAUGGGUGACAGGUGCGUAAACUCGUGCAGACAACAGUCAACGCUUACAUCGCAGGAUCUUGUUCGCUACUUCCAAGUCGCUUCUUCGCCGACAAAAAUGUCCAACAACGGUUUCGUGUGCCAUUAUAAAAAGAUAACCAACCGUAUCUUUGUAGGAGGGCUACCAUUUAAUACUAAUUCGGACGAAUUAGUAGAGUUUUUCAGCCAUUUUGCGGCGGUUCGCGAUGGCAAGGUCAUAUACGACCGAGAAGGAAUAAGCAGAGGGUAUGGUUUUAUAACCUUUUACAGAGAAGAAGAUGCAGAAGCAGUUCUGAAUCAGGGAGUCGUCUUUUACAAAGAAAAGAGACUCAAGUUAGCUGAGGCGUUCCGUAAGUAUAGACAUAGACCUUCAAGGCAAGCGAGGAACCACGGUUAUGCCGUCAACCAGCAAAGGUGCCCACAAGGACAAGUAUACGUCGGAUUAACACCACAGGCAUUUUAUCAGAAACAGUGGUAACGACCAGACAAGCCCCUGGGUCGACUAUACCGGAUAUAACGCYGAUUCAGACCAACAUGCGCAUCGCAUGCAUGAUUCUUUUUGAUUCAGUUUAAACGCUGUAUUUAUGUUACAUGASUGAAGAGUAUUUUAGUUACAGUUGAUAUAAUCAGUAACGGUUCAAGUGCGAAUCCAGCUGAAAUUUUAAGGGGCGGC